AUGGAUCCGCGACAGCAUGGACACAGCCAGCAGCUUCAGCCUAAAAUGACCUCCCGACAACACAACAGGUUUUCAUGGCAGCAACCUCUCGAAGAAGAUGCUCCGGCCUACCCACAAUCGCAACAACAAACUCCACAGCAUCAGCAUCAGCCAUACCAGCAGCCAUACCAGCAGCCGGCACAGCUUCAGCAAUCCCAAGUUAGCACUGAUGCAUCGAGGCACUUCUCCUAUGCGCAAACACCUGCGGAGAUGCGCGCCUUUGUAUAUACAUCUUCGCCAAAUGAUCCUCCUAUGCCACAGUCGAUACCAAUAUCACUGCCAACAUCGCCAGUGGGAUACACACCUAUCGAUCCGCGCCCGCAAUCGAUGCUCGAUGCGCAGCUUCCGGUCGUUCCGCCCCAAUCCCAAUCGGCUUACACGCCGUCGUCUUACGCGCAGGACGUUAAACCUCCAGUCUCUCCCGUCUCGCCUCAGCAUACAUCGCAAACGCAACAUUUCUCGCCCGUCUCUCCGAUACCACAGCCACAACCUAAUGAACAGAGAUCCGAAGUUGAUACACAACAAAGCAGACACGCGCGGCAGAUGAGCAAUCUGUCCCCCAUCAACACAAACAUCCGGACGUAUGCCAUGCCUCCCAUCCCUCCUACACCACCUUCAGGUACACAUCAGACCUCGCCAUUACCGCACAAGACACCAAUCACUCCUGUCUCUGCCAAUUCAAUGCACAAAGACCAGCCACGGAUCGAUCCAACAUCUCCCACGAACCGAAUAUCGCCAUACCCAAACGAGCCCUACUCACCGCACGGCUUUACAUCAGGUCAAAACAACAACUUCCAUGCGGUCUUCUCUCCUGAUGCUGCACAUGGUCCCAACGGACUGGAUUUUGCUGCACACCAACCAGGCCAAAUUUCGCAUCCGAAUAUGGAACUCGAGAAAUCAAAAGAAUGGUCGAACGGUCUCUGUGCGUGCAGUCCGGAUCCUUCAACCUGUCUGACGGGUCUCUUUUGUCCUUGCAUUCUUUACGGCCGUACAUCGUACCGCCUUUCUCAAAAAUCUGCAAAGAAAGACCCCACAGACAUGCUCGGGCAUAGCUCCACUAAUGGACACUGUAUAGUUAUGGGAUUGUCAUGCGGACUAUGGUGGCUGUUUCCCAUGCUACAACGAACACGUAUACGGCGUGCGUAUAAGCUCGAUGGCAGUUUUGGAAGCGAUCUGCUCAAGGGUUGUUGCUGCUGUUGCUGUGUCACGGUACAGAAUGAGAGGGAGGUCAAACACAGAGAGGAGGUUAGCAGACGGUGGGCCGGUCCGGCGAGUACAGAUGCUUACACGAGGACUGGAGGCAUGGUGUACAAGCCACAACAAUAG